UCACUUUAUGAAUGAACUGCUAGAUGUCCAAGCGGAAGAGAAUUUAUGUGUUUCAUACUCAAGAUCAUAUAUCUGGUUUGGAUAUAACUGUUAGUCAGAACGAGAUCUGUAAUCCCUUUGGAAGAAAAAAAAACCUCAGUGUGAGUGUGGUUAAGGUUGUGAAACCAUGAUAAGAUGAAGCGAUACGGUGAUGCUAACUGUGUUACAUCUGUGCACCACAAGCUAGCUGAAGCUAACGGUUAGCAGCUGUAGAAAGAGAGCUAACUACGAGCUCAAACAUGAUUAAAAGAGGAGAAAGGUGUAAUACUUGUGUGAAAACUACAUGGAGGCCAUGAGGAUGGUGAACAGCUGGCUGAGGUUCACACAUUGAACCAGCGGGUUUGAUCCAGGUUCAAGGAGAAAGCCGUUGCCAUGAAAGAAGCGGACAGGGCAGAAUGUGGAGGCGAGGCUCUGUUUGAGGACCUGGACUUCCCUGCUAACGACAGGUCCCUGUUCUCUGACAGCUCCACGCCCAUCGCCAGACUGCAGGGAGAGAUUAGCUGGCGACGCCCACAGGAGAUCUGCCAAUCACCAGCUCUACUUGCUGACAAUAUCAACCUGGCCCAUGUGAAACAAGGCUUAUUAGGAGACUGCUGGUUUCUGUGUGCCUGCACCUUCUUGCUCAAGAACAAACGUCUGCUGAACAAGGUGUUGCCUCCUGACCAGCCCCAGUGGGAUGACAGCAGGUACCGGGGCUCCUUCCAGUUUUGUUUUUGGCAGCAGGGACACUGGACAGACGUGACCAUCGAUGACCGCCUGCCCUGCAUCAAUUCCGCUCUCUGCUUCUCGCGCUGCCACUCCCCCACUGCUUUCUGGGUAGCCCUGUUGGAGAAGGCUUAUGCAAAGCUCCAUGGCUCAUAUGAGCGACUGUGGGCCGGGCAGGUGUCUGAGGCCCUGGUGGAUUUGACUGGGGGUCUGGUGGAGCGCUGGAGUUUGGGAGAGUCAGAGGAUGAACCGAGACCAGAACAGGACAGUGACCAGGUCAGGAGGAGAAGGCUGGACCUGAACCUUCUGGAUCCCGUGAAAGACGAGUGUGCGGUCAGCUGCUCUACUCACAGCAGCCCUGGAGGUGCCAGUGAGCUGGGACAGUACCAUGCGCUGACUGUGAUGGAAUGGGUGGAUAUGAAGACGCUGUCAGGGAGCAAAGUGCUGCUGCUCAGGAUCAGAAACCCGUGGGGAAGAUGCUGCUGGGGAGGGGCCUGGAUAGGAAGUGGUGUGGGUUGGACUUCUGUCGACCCCGUUUCUACUUCAGACCUACAAGCCAGGGUGGCUGAGGGCGAAGUCUGGUUGGAUGAGAAUGAAUUCCUGUCUCAAUUCGAUGAUGUCACAGUGGGCUACCCCAUAAGUGAUGAGGGGCACCUAAAGAGCAUUUACACAGGAAAUCUGCUAACACACAACCACCAGCUGGCCGGCCGGUGGAUCAAAGGGCACUCCGCUGGUGGGAGUCGAAACAGCAGCAGCUACAGCAGCAACCCAAAGUUUUGGCUCAAAGUGUGUGAGAGAGGAGAGCUGCUGAUGUCCCUGCUACAGCAUAGAAAGUGGAGAAAUACAGAGAAAUAUGCACAAACGCCACAGGAGGAUAGCAAGAACUCAACGCACCAGCACUACCAGGCUAUCGCUCUACACAUGUGGAAGGUGGAGAAAAGGCGUUUUAAUCUAAGCCGGAUGUUGAACAAACCUCCUUGUGCUUCUACUCACUGCCACGCCUAUGAGAGAGAGGUGGUUCUCCACGGGCAGCUGGAGCCUGGAUACUACCUGCUGAUCCCCAGCACCUACCAGCCAGGAGCUGAGGCCCGCUUCCUCAUCAGGGCCUUUUCCUCCUCUUCCACAUCCCUCUGUGCCCUGAAAAGCCCAGCACCUUCACUGCCAUUGACAACAGAUGGAGAGUGGGAGACCAGCUACUACCAGGGCUCGUGGGUGGAGGGAAGGACAGCCGGAGGAAGCAGAAACUUCCUGUCUCACUGGCAGAACCCAUGCUUCCCUUUUACAGUGUGUGAUGCGUCAGCAGUGACAUCAGGAGAUAAUGUCAGGGUUACCCUGCACCAGAGCCGCCCCGACACUGACCUGCACCCUAUUGGCUUUCACAUUUAUAAGUGUCUGUGUAUGCAGGUCCCAGAAGAAGAAUCUGAGCAGACAUUACCCAGGGACGAGGAUCCCGUGGCCAGUUGUGUCCCUCAUUGCUACACCCAGAACGUCAGUCUGGCCUGCUGUCUUUCUCCCGGAGCUUACACCAUAGUGCCAUCCACAUAUCAGCCUGACUGCUCAGCAAACUUCACCCUCAGCCUGGCUCGCAGAAUACACAGGAAAGUGGUGAAAAGCCAGGAGAGGCUGGGAAAUGCCAUUCAGGAGAUCUCUCACAUCUCUGUGAUGCAAAGCUAGUUCUCUGGGACUGUUGCUGCUCCACUGAUGUCGGCUCACCUCCCUGUGCCUCUUGGCCCAUGAUGAAAGAACCAGCUCUCCCAUCCACCACGGAGGCUGUGUGUGUGUGUAUGUAUGUGUUCCACCAGUGGCUGAGAAGGCAGGCAGGCAGAUACAGUGGGAAUGUGUGUGUCGGGAAUCCUGGAAACCCCUUUAUCCUGAACCGCUGAGGCUCAGGGCUGAUGGGCAGCCACACACUCAUAGGCGAUUAGGACAUCAGAGGUUGUCGGUGGGCUGGGCUGCUAAUGAAGUAUGACGGGACUGGCUGGUGUAAACAAACAGCCGCCAUUGAAGAGGGCCGCCGCUGCUCUUGCUCAUUCACUCACUGGUGCGCCUGCCGGCCCAGAACAAAGGGCCCUCUCAUGAAGGUCCUCACAGAGGCACAGGGGGCAAGGGGCGAGGGGAUGGUCUCCGACAGCAGAGCCAACCAAACCACACCACACCAUACCGUGCCAUACCAUGCCAUAACUUUCCUCUCAUCCCUCACCCCCAGACACUCCGCUCCAUACCUAACUUGCAUUGUUUGUCUCUAGACACAGACACAGAGUUUUAUCAGUCCCUCAUCCCCAAACAUGCUCACCAUCCGGACUAACAGUAAAGUCAGACCGGACCUAAAGAAGUCCACUUUGUCCCUGACUCCAUCCUCACUGCCCAGCUCCCUUUUUGUCCCCCCAGACUCAGGCCACAGCUCUGCCUGGACCUGAACAGAGCCUUGGUUUGAAGUUGCCGCAAGAACAGAUGACAAGCGGACGGAUGGAAGGGAUGAAAACGAGGGAUGCACAUCAGAGGAGGCCGGUUCAUAUGAAAAAGUCGCCAGUUCUUUUUGAGUUGAGGCACCGUAUGUGUGGUGGUCUGUGUCUGCCUGCUCAUAGCCAUGUCUGUGUGUCAAAGUCACAGGGUUUAUGAUUAGUCAUUGGAGCCAGUGUUAACAGAGACUUUUGCAAAGCUAUAAUUAACUGAUGAGAAUGGUACUGAGCUGUGUAUUUAUUAUGUUUGGGAGUGAGCUGCGAUGAAUAAAAUGUUAAAACACAACUUGGUGCUGAUGUGUCCCAUAUUUUUGUGAUUUUUGACUAUAUAUAUCACCAUACAUGAAAAUGACGUGAAAAUAAAUGAACUAAAUUUUGUCACCCUGUUAAAAUAAUCGCCUAACUAAUUUUUUCAAGUUUUGCAGGAAACACAAAAAACUUCCCCAAAAGUGUAACAUGACAUUUAUUGAUCAUUUCACUCAAAAAGGAUGUAAAUUAAGGAACUUAAUAAAUGACUUGGGCAAUCUUUUGAACAUGCCUUUGUGACUUAAGCAAUAUAUAGUAACAC